AUGGUUUCUAGCACAGGACUAGUCGCUCCAUGGCGACUCUCUGUACUACUUGCUGCCGUACUAUCUUCUUUAGUAUGUGCAAGUCCAUCGGUGAACGUUGCUCUGCAAGCUUCAUUUGAUGCGGCACCAUAUCUUAUAGAGCUCUUAGAAUCCGCGGCCGAGGAGAACUCAACUUCUUAUUUCCCGUUGCUUGAUCGAAUCGCCGAUGGUGCCUUCGAUGACGCCGUGACCGAUAAGGAAAUCUACGAUCGUUUCUUGCACGUGGUGGAAGAAGAUGGACACCUCAAGACCCCCGAGAGCCUGUCGUCCUUCAAGCUGUCUUUAGCCAUUCGAUCGGCAAGCCCCCGAAUUACGGCUCACUACCAAUACUACAAUGCUUCUGUGCAACACUCGUUGAUGGCUGCGCAAGAUGCCGCUUGCCCGGUAUGGGUGCACUCGGAUGGCAAACAGUAUUGUUCUUCCACCAUGGAACGUGCUCAGCAGGAAGUUUCGGGUGGGAUGGAUGCAAGAGAGCUUCCAUUUGAUCGGGUCUUGGGAGAUACGUCGUUACCGCCGGCAAUCCUGUACGCAGAUGUCGCGUCCCCGAUGUUCAAGGAUUUCCACCAGACACUGAGCGCUCUUGCAAAGGAAGGCCAGGUUUCCUAUCGAGUACGAUAUCGGCCGCCCCAGCGCUGGAGUCCCCGCCCCCUCUUCGUCUCUGGAUACGGCGUUGAGCUUGCACUGAAACGAACGGAUUAUAUUGUAAUCGACGACCGAGCGGCUGAGCAACGGGAAUCGGACAAUGCGGGACCUAGCACAUAUAGCGAUGCCCCGGACGACCUUAGGCCUCUCUCGUCAUCUGAAGUGGCCCGACUGGGCGUAAACGCUGUCAGUUAUGUGCUAGACAGGGAUGAUCCUCUAGACGCCCUCGUCAAACUUUCGCAGGAUUUCCCCAAAUACUCCUCUAGAGUUGCGGCUCAUAAUGUAACCAUGGAACUCCUGCACGAUAUUCGCUCCAGCCGCUUGCAGAUGCUUCCAUCGGGCAUGAACGUCAUGUGGAUCAAUGGUGUACAAAUCGAUUCUCGACAGAUGGAUGCAUUCUCUCUGUUAGACCUUUUACGCCGGGAGCGAAAACUGAUCGAAAAGUUCCGAGACAUAGGCGUUUCCGCCCAAGAAGCAGUCAAUCUUCUAUCGCACCAAUUCAUUGGGGAGGCUCUCGCGCAAGAUGCUCCUCAACGCUAUAAUUAUUUGGAUGACAUCGAGGGUGGCCGGGUCCUUAUAUGGAUUAAUGACCUAGAAAAGGAUGCUAGAUACGCGUCUUGGCCUAGUGACCUCGAAGCAUUCAUUCAUCGUACAUUUCCUGGCCAACUUCCGCCCGUGCGUCGUAAUGCGAACAAUAUUGUAGUCCCCGUUGAUCUAGCUCGUUCUGAAGAUGUGGGCUUUGUUGUCAGAAAUAUCCAAGGAUUUGUUAUAAAGGGAAUCCCAGCCAGAUUCGCCAUCGUUCCUGUUGCAUCUACGCCGGGGUCAUCUGCCCAACUCAAGAUCGCUCAUUACCUCCAAGAGACCUUCGGCCUAGCGAGUCUAAUGCACUACUUGGAAGAGUCUUCUUCCCAGCAGAAGGUGGCGUCCCCAGAUAAGGGUUGCUUUGAGGCUGCAACCAAGGAGCGCAAAAUACGUCCUGAGAAACAGAUUCUAUCAUUCGAGGAAGUAUUAAAGAGCGAAGACCUCGAAGAUUUAGUCUCGAAAACCUUGAGUUACCAGAAUCGACUCGGAAUCACGGGCGAUGCUUCGCAGAGCUUUGUUAACGGAGCCCAAGUCAUUCGGAAAGACAGCUGGAUGCAAGAAGUCAGUGUCCGGGUCAGCAAAGACUUGCAGGUGAUCCAACAGGGGAUUGUGGGUGGAGAAAUUGAGGACGGCACUUCGCUAUCGGGAUUGUUCCUCUCCCAGGCGUUUGACCGACGUAGUCUUUGGGCUAUACCCGAGGACCCUAAAGAUAUCCGGGUCGUGGACUUGGUCAAGGUGUCUGACUCACAAAAGGAGACACUCGGUGAAACUCCAUCGAUCGUUUCGAUGAAGGAUGAUGCUCUUGAUAGUGCAUAUCUUAUUGUCGUAGGUGAUUUUGACUCUGAACAGGGCCACCAAUUGCUUACCGCGACUCUGGAACAUCGAGAGAAGCAUGAAGAGGUGGAAGUUCUUUUCAUCCAUAACCCAGGGGAGCAUACCUCUAAGAUGGACGCAUCGAUAAAGCUGUAUCGCUCUCUAAAGGGGGGGAAACAGGUCGAUGCCGCUCAAGUCUUAGCCGACAUUAAGUCUUCCGACUAUUCUGCACCAUCAGCCGGCGAUGCCGAGGAAAUUUCCAAAUUCUGGGCAGAUAAGCGGCCAUUGAUUCAGGAAUUUGGUUUGCCUCAUGGUGCAAACGGACUCGUGAUAAACGGGAGGACGGUCGGACCUAUUGAUGCUGAUGUGACAUCUGGAGACCUGGAUCAACUUUUGGCCUAUGAGCAAACAAAGCGAAUCGGCCCCGUUACUCGGGCCUGUAAGGAUUUGGGAUUUGGUUCGAACCUAUCUGGCGCUCUUGCAUUCGCCAAAUUGACAUCUCUUACUACUCUCUCAACUAUAUCGGAUGUACCGGAGGAUAUCUUUGAGUCAACCUCAGACAUCAGGGUGAACAUAUUUGACAAAUGGAACGACUCUCGCUCAGUUAUAACCGUCUCGAAUUCGGAAGACCCCGCUAUUACCAUCGUGGCUUCUAUUGACCCAUCCUCGGAAACUGCUCAAAAAUGGCUUCCAAUUCUGAAGGUGCUCUCAAGACUAGCAAGCGUUAGGCUCAGGCUGUUCUUGAAUCCACGGGAAGAAAUAAAAGAACUUCCAACAAAGCGUUUCUACCGCUACGUCUUGGACUCAGAACCUUCGUUCAACGAUGAUGGAUCUAUUUCAAGACAUACGGCUUCCUUCUCGGGGGUACCGGUUGAGGCGCUUCUUACACUGGGGAUGGACGUCCCUUCGUCCUGGCUGGUGGCUCCCAAGGACUCCGUUCACGAUCUUGAUAAUAUCAUGCUCAGUUCACUGAAUUCAGGUUCUGAUGUUGAGGCUGUCUAUGCACUAGAGCAUAUCAUGAUAGAGGGCCAUUCCCGAGACCUCACUACCAAAAGCCCUCCAAGGGGGGUUCAACUGGAUCUCGGGACCGACAAUAAUCCUUCGUUUGCAGACACCAUCAUCAUGGCGAACCUGGGAUACUUCCAAUUCAAAACGCAACCUGGACUGUGGAAGAUCAAUUUGAAGCCCGGGCGCAGUGAACGCAUCUUCAAUUUAGAAAGCGUCGGCGGUCUGGGCUAUAGUCCGCAGCCCGGCGACGAGAACAAUGAAGUCGCAUUGCUUUCUUUCCAGGGCAAAACUCUUUUCCCGCGCUUGUCGCGCAAGAAAGGCUACGAAAUGGAAGACGUCUUAGAAACCAGUUCUAAAUCAGGCACGGCCAUGGAUUAUGUUUCCAAGGGACUAAAUUUUGCCUCGGGUGUUCUCUCGAGCGUCGGUGUCGGUUCGAAAGGCAUGUCGGAAAAGCAAGCUGAUAUCAACAUUUUCUCCGUCGCAAGUGGCCAUCUAUACGAGCGGAUGUUGAAUAUCAUGAUGGUCUCCGUAAUGAAGAACACCAAACAUUCCGUUAAAUUCUGGUUCAUCGAGCAAUUCCUCUCCCCGUCGUUCAAGUCCUUCCUCCCGCACCUUGCAGACGAAUACGGAUUUUCCUACGAAAUGGUCACAUAUAAAUGGCCACACUGGCUCCGUACUCAGCGCGAGAAGCAGAGAGAGAUCUGGGGCUACAAGAUCCUAUUCUUGGACGUACUCUUCCCUCUUUCCCUGGAGAAGGUAAUCUUCGUGGACGCUGACCAGAUCGUCCGCACAGACAUGUACGAUCUGGUCACUCUAGACCUAGAAGACGCGCCAUACGGGUUCACACCCAUGUGCGACUCGCGUGAGGAAAUUGAAGGCUUCCGCUUCUGGAAACAGGGAUACUGGAAGAAAUUCCUCCGAGGGAAACCAUAUCACAUUUCCGCACUGUAUGUGGUCGAUCUGAGUCGGUUCCGCGCCCUGGCCGCCGGUGAUCGUCUCCGCGGUCAAUACCAGAUGCUCUCCGCGGAUCCGGGCAGUCUGAGUAACUUAGACCAAGACCUGCCGAAUCACAUGCAACAUCAUAUCCCCAUCAAGAGCCUCCCACAGGAAUGGCUGUGGUGCGAGACGUGGUGCUCGGAUGAGUCCCUCACUCAGGCGAGAACUAUCGACCUGUGUAAUAACCCGCAAACGAAAGAGCCGAAAUUGGAUCGUGCCCGAAGACAGGUCCCCGAGUGGACUGAGUAUGAUGAUGAAAUUGCGGCUUUGUCGAAACGAGUGGCUCUUGGACAUCAGCAGAAAGAGGAAGAAAUGCAGCCUAACUUGGUGGAUGAAGAGGAUGACGAAGGAUCUCCUGAAUGGGAUAAGGAUGAACUGUAG